AUGGCACCAUAUUUGUACCUGGACCAGCUUAAAAUAUACAUUGUUAAUCGCUCGACUUUAGCCGGUUUACAGCUACAGUCAGGGACGAGAGGGUAUUUGUCACAAACCGAAGCCAUAACAUCCGUCCUGCACGCCUACGGGGCCGCUCUCAAAACUCGAAACGUGGAAGACGCAGUCGCACUAUACACCAAGGACGGCGUCAUCAUGCCACCGCACUUCCCCGCAAGCGCGGGCGAGGACUCCCUACGCGAGUCCUAUACGCGCAUCUUCUCAACCAUCCACCUCCUCAUAUCCUUCCAGAUCGAGGAAAUCGUUGUCAUGUCUCCGGAGUGGGCGUUUGCUAGGACGACGGCUGAGGGCACCAAGACGAUACUGGCUACGGGGGGAUCGGAGCCGCACUCGAACCAGGAGCUGUUUAUCAUGAAGAGGGAAGAUGGGAAGUGGUUGAUUGCGAGAUAUGCCUUUUCGAGUAUGAAGCCGCUGGUGCAGAAUGGGGUGAGGAGGAGCUGA